ACCCGGAGCUGCGGCAUCCACCGGGACACGGAGGAACCUUCCGCCGAGCCCGCCCCGGCUCUUCCGGCGGCGCCGGGAGGAGGAGGAGCCGCUGCCGGUGGAGGUGACCGGGGCCAUGCGGCUGCCGAGCCCGGGCGCGCUGCUGGCGCUGGUGAGAACGGCGGCGGAGGGGGGGCUCCGCCGGUGCCGGGACCCCGCGGUCGGGUCUCGCAUCCCCACGCUGCGGAGGAGCUCGGGCUCGCCGCAAGCGGUGAUCGCCGCUAAGGAGCCGUUCGCGGUGGAGCUGAAGGCGGGCAGGACGUACGCGUGGUGCUCCUGCGGGCACAGCAAGCGCCAGCCUUUCUGCGACGGCGCCCACAAGACGGCGGCGCCGGGGCUGUCCCCGCUGCGCUUCACCCCGGAGGAGGACGCGCGGGUCUGGCUCUGCGGCUGCAAACGCACCCGGACCCCCCCGUACUGCGACGGCACCCACAAAGGGGAGGCGGUGCAAGGGGCCUCGCUGCCCCCCCGGCCCUGACCCCCUGCACCGCGCCCGGCUCGGGGCCGCCGGGAUGCUCGGUGUGUGGGUAAACGGGAGGAGAUGCUGAGCUCCCACCGUAACCGACGGCUGAGAGGGGGCAGCAGCUUUGCCUUCAGCCCCACUGAGGAAUAACCCAGUGGAUAACGGGACUUCCCGGAGUGGUUUUCAUUGAAUCAGCCAGGUUGGAAAAGACCUUUAAAAUCAUCACAUCCAGCCAUUGCCUAGCACUGAGCCAUAUUGAACCUCCUGCAAUCAGCCCCAUUGAUCCAGAUCCCUGCACAGAGCCUUUCUCCCCUCUGGCACGUCAAACGCUCCCACCCGACUGAGUGUG